AUGUCAACAGACGACCUUAAGGCGCAUGCCGCCUCAGAUCAAGACUUCUAUGCCCUCCUCGAUAUCUCCCCAGCCGCCACCGAGUCCGAGAUCCGCCGCGCAUACCGUCGCACCGCACUAAAAUACCACCCCGAUAAAAUUGCCAACCCAACUCAAGCAGAUAUUGACAAGUUCCAUAAUCUACAAAUCGCAAAUGAUAUCCUCUCAAAUACCGAACUCAAACAACUCUAUGAUAAUACACGGGAGGCUCGGCUGCGUAAGCAGCGCGAGAGAGAUCAACUCGAUUCUGCACGACGACAAAUGGUCGAAGAUCUCGAACGACGCGAACGAGAAGGCGCAGAGAAAUUACGUGGUGUGAAAAGGUCAUGGGCUGCUAGUAAGGAUGCGGAUGCGAAACUCGCAGCGGAGAUGGAGCGCUGUGCCGAAGAUGGACGACGGAGACGACGAGAAGCGGCGGAGAAAUUACAGCGCGAGCGGGAUGAGGAGCUGAGAGCUCUGGAGCGGGAGGAAGAGGAGGCGCGCAAGGCUGCGGAUCGGAGUGCUCAGGUGGUUGAUCGGUCUCAAGAGAAGAAUGUGGAUGAACUGGACCGCUCGGUAAAGGUGCUCUGGGAGCGCGAGGGUCGAGGACAGGAUCUGGAUGUCGAUUGGUUGAAGGGAAUGUUUGUACGAUUUGGGAAGAUUGAGGGCGCUUUUAUCUUGAAGGACAAAAGGAAGCGCGUGGAGGGCAAGAAGGGAAAGGUCACAAUUGCGACUGGGGUCCUUGUUUACGAGUCCAUCGUGAGCGCUCAUGCGGCUGUGCUGGAUAGUGAGAAGAUGAUUCGCCAAGCUGGUGAUGACUGGUCUCUUAUUGAGUCUGUGAUUUGGGCGUCCGGCAAGGGACCGGACCUGGGGCCAACUACUUUCAGCCCAGCGCCAGCUGCUUCAACGGAAACCGCCCCAUACACUACCACCAAGGAUACACCCAAACCAUCUACAGCUCCAAAGUUCAGCUUUUCAGCUGCGAGCUCGGUCCUCAAGUCUGGAUCUGGAAAGGCGCCAUCAUUUGGCUCAUUUGCUUCCGCAGCUACUUCUAUGGAUUCGUCAUCGGGCGCGUCAGCGAAGCCUGCAAAUGGCCCUAGUUUCACCUGGCAAGAGCAAGUGCAGAUGAGGAUGAAUGCUGCUCAGCGCGAAAAGGAACGUAAAGCUCUAGAAGAAGAGCUAGCCCGAGAAGAUGAAGCUGCAGAUGCCGAGGCUUUGAAACAGACCAAUGGGUCUUGA